AUGAAUCCAAAAAACAAUGUGACUUACUUUGUCCUGUUGGGCCUCACACAAAAUCCAAAGGGUCAGAAAAUUCUUUUUGUUUUGUUCUUGCUCUUCUACAUUUCGUGCAUGGCAGGCAACAUGCUCAUUGUCCUGACUGUAUCUGUGAGUAAGACCUUGAACUCUCCCAUGUAUUUCUUUCUUGCUAGCCUAUCAUUUAUGGAUAUCAUUUAUUCCUCUGUUGUUUCUCCCAAGCUGAUUUUAAGCAUGUUAUUUGGGGAAAAUACCAUUUCUUUCCAAUUUUGCAUGACCCAGAUUUUUAUAGGGCAUUUUAUUGCUGGAUCUGAGUCCUUUCUUCUGGUGGUGAUGGCCUAUGACCGCUAUGUGGCCAUCUGUAAGCCCCUGCAUUAUUUGCUUAUCAUGAGGCAAUGGGUGUGUGUUGUGCUGCUGAUAGUGUCCUGGAUUGGAGGCUUCCUCCACUCAGUAAUUCAACUUAGCGCUACUUAUGGUCUCCCAUUCUGUGGCCCCAAUGUUAUUGAUCACUUUGUCUGUGACAUGUACCCCCUGUUGAAACUUGUCUGUACUGACACCUAUGCUACAGGUCUCCUAGUUGCAGUCAGUUCAGGAGCAAUCUGUUCUAUUGUGUUUCUGUUCUUAGUCAUCUCUUACAUCAUCAUCUUCAACUCUCUAAAGAACCUGAAUCAGGAAGGGAAGAGGAAAGCUCUCCAGACCUGCGGUUCUCACAUCACUGUGGUUGUUCUCUUCUUUGUUCCUUGUAUUUUCUUGUAUGCAAGGCCUUCCAAAACCUUACCCAUUGACAAGUCACUGAGUGUGUUUUGUAUAGUCAUUAGCCCUGUGUUGAAUCCACUAAUCUACACUCUGAGAAAUUCAGAGAUGACAGAUGCUAUAAAGACAAUCUGGAGAAGAAUCAUUACCGCUAGUGAAAAUAGGUUGACAGGCUAA